CAUAAUGAGGAGGAGUGAACCUGCCGGGAGAAACACAACGCCAUUUUCACUCCGUACAGCUCCAGACAGAUGCGUCUGAGCUGAGAUCCGACUGUUUUCGCAAACACCGCUUCACAUAUUAUGACUAUGUGAUUAAUAAUCUGUUGUUUCUGCGCCACUGUGAUUUGAGCUCGUGCUGGAGGAUUCGUACUGCCAGUGGCAGGAACUUCCCCCUUGGAGCUCCGGAAGACUGGAGAGGAGGACACACAACUGGUCCGGCUACCCUAUUCCAGUCCCAAACCCUCUCAAUCAAGCUGCGGAGUGUUAUAUUUACUUGAGUUUCGUGGUGGGACACGGAGGAACAAACCCUGUUACGGUUGUGGGUGAUCUGGAUGUCCCGCUGAACGGAUGCGUGAGGACAUGUCGAGCGUGGUGUGUGUGAAGGAGACAGAGGGGCAGGGGGACCCCGGCGAGAAGCUGUCCCAAGACGAGCUGCUAUGUCGGACACGGGAGGUCAUGCAGGGGCUGGAGGCGCUCCGUGCAGAACAUCAGGCCAUCCUGGAGGGGCUGAUGGGGACCUUGCGCUGCCUCAAACAAAGCCAGGAGGGUCGUGCUGUUGAGGAGAAGACAGCCAUGAUCCAACGCUCCAUGGAAAUGCUGGAGCUGGGCCUUAGCGAAGCACAGGUGAUGAUGGCUCUGUCAGGGCACCUGAGCGCAGUGGAGGCAGAGAAACAGAAGCUUCGAGCACAGGUGCGGAGGCUGUGUCAGGAGAACCAGUGGCUGAGGGAUGAGCUGGCAGGGACCCAGCAGCGGCUGCAGAAGAGUGAGCAGAGUGUGGCCCAGCUGGAGGAGGAGAAGAAACAUCUGGAGUUUAUGAAUCAGCUCAAGAAAUAUGACCAGGACCUCAGCCCAUCAGAUGAUAAGGACUCUGAUUCCAGUAGGGAGACACUGGAUGAUCUUUUUCCAGAUGAGCAGGAUGAGCCGGGUCCUGGCAUCCAGCCUCCUCACAGCAGUGCAGUGGCAGCAGCGCAGCAGGGCGGUUAUGAGAUCCCCGCUCGUCUCCGAACCCUCCACAACCUGGUGAUCCAGUACGCCUCACAGGGCAGGUAUGAGGUGGCUGUUCCUCUCUGCAAACAGGCUCUGGAGGAUCUAGAGAAAACAUCUGGACACGAUCAUCCCGAUGUAGCCACCAUGCUGAACAUUCUCGCCCUCGUUUACAGGGACCAGAAUAAAUACAAAGAGGCAGCAAACCUCCUUAACGAUGCAUUGGCCAUUAGAGAGAAGACCCUGGGCAAAGACCACCCUGCGGUGGCUGCCACUCUGAACAACCUGGCUGUUCUUUAUGGCAAACGAGGGAAGUACAAGGAAGCAGAGCCUCUGUGUAAAAGGGCACUGGAGAUCAGAGAGAAGGUGCUGGGGAAGGACCACCCUGAUGUUGCUAAGCAGCUGAAUAAUCUGGCCUUGCUGUGUCAGAACCAAGGCAAGUAUGAAGAGGUGGAAUACUACUACCAGAGAGCCCUGGAGAUCUACCAGACCAAACUGGGCCCUGACGACCCCAAUGUGGCCAAGACCAAAAACAACCUGGCUUCAUGCUAUCUGAAACAGGGGAAAUUUAAGCAGGCAGAGACUCUGUAUAAAGAGAUCCUGACCAGAGCCCAUGAGAGAGAGUUUGGCUCUGUAGACGAUGAAAAUAAACCCAUCUGGAUGCAUGCAGAGGAGAGAGAAGAGCAGAGCAAGGGCAAGCAGAAGGAUGGCUCUCCGUUUGGAGAGUAUGGUGGCUGGUACAAGGCCUGUAAAGUAGACAGCCCCACUGUGACGACCACGUUGAAGAAUCUUGGCGCUCUCUACAGGAGACAGGGCAAGUUUGAGGCUGCAGAGACCCUUGAGGAGGCGGCUCUGCGCUCCAGAAAACAGGGUCUGGACACGGCGCAUAAGCAGCGUGUGGCGGAAGUGCUGGGAGACCCUGAAGUACGAGAGAAGCAGCGGAGCCGUGAGAGCCUGACCUCUGACACGGUGAAGUACGAAAGCGGCCCUGACGGAGGAGAGGAAGUGAGUAUGAGCGUGGAGUGGAACGGGGACGGCUCGGGCUCGUUGAAGCGCAGCGGUUCCUUUAGUAAACUACGAGCUUCUAUCCGACGCAGCAGUGAGAAACUGGUCCGCAAGCUCAAAGGAGGAGGCUUACGAGAAAACGAACCCAAAAAUCCUGGCAUGAAGAGGGCCAGCUCUCUUGGAGUUCUCAACGUGCCGGAUAAACCUGUGGGAGAACUCAAAGAACGAAAUUAUCGUCUAAGGCAGAUGCGGGACCUGAGUUCCAGUCACACUGACCUGGCGCAUUGAAGGUCUGCUGUUGGAUGUCUCAAAUGAAGAGAGGUACUAAGAGGUCUCAUCAUCUGGCUGACCUAAGCUGUUUAGACAGGACUACCUUAUCCUGAGGUUACUUUUGCUCUCGAGUCUCUGUAUAUGUAUUUAAUUUCCGGUAAGUUAGCUGUAGAAAUGACAACUGAUGUAAAAAAGCUAAACCAGAACCAAAGUGCACAACAAAUUUGAGAUUAUCAUGUUCUGCAAAAAUAUGAAAAUAGGUAUUUGGGCUCAGGUUGAGACUAGACACUCUAAUGGCAUUUUUUGCUGCUUUCAUUUGAUUUACUUUUCUUUGUUUUAUUUCGAGGUGUACUUUGAUGCUUUUUUUUUAAACCAACAACUAUAGGACCGUUUUUAUUAAGGAUUAUAGUGACUUAAGUAACAGAGGUGUGCAUAUUUGUGUGUUUAUAGUAGUUUUGUCCCUCUUUGUGACUUAAUAUUCUGCCAUUGACAACGUUAGUGUUGUUUAUACCUUGAGUUACACCAGAGGACCAUAAUGCAUCUGUAAAGUACUGAUACAAUCAAACUUAUUCCCUUGAUAAAGUGAGAACUGCACCGUGUUAAUGAAGGUCUAUGUUUACAUGAGUGAUGGUUCAAUGAUGCACAUUUUCUUAUUGCUUUUGAGAAGUGGGAGGGACAGGCCUUAUUUUUUAUCUGGUUUAUAACACAAGAAAAAGAUUUUAGAUGGUUUACGCGGACAUGGUUACAUAAGAAUGUGGAUUAAACCUCAGGACUGAACGAACAGAUUCAGUAUGCAAAGUAACACUGCACUUUGAAUGAUCUCAUAGGAUAAUGUUACACUUUUCAAGCCAUUAAAUGUUACAAAACUAAAUUGAGUUGUUUACCUCGGUUGUAUCGCUUGCGUUUGGUAAUUAUUUCAAUGUUUUGACUGGUUUUACUUCUUACGCCACCAUAAUAUUUGCUAAUGAGGUCUGUAAACUGAAUACUGCAAGUUUUCAUGAACAAUAACUACAGGAAGCCUUUGUCUUUCUGUAAUUUGUGAGGUCUGUUAUCUCACAUGGAGUACUGCUACUCCAGAUAAACAUGCACUGGAAUAUGAAUUCUGUCCCUGAUGUUUAACUAUAGUACCUGUUUGAAAGCAAGUGUGCCUUGUUGUGAGUGCCUCAGGCAGGUUCUUACUAAUGAAUGUGGAAGUUAUUGAUUUUGUGUAUGACGACAGAACAGUAUGAGCUCCUUAAGGUCAGAUGUAAGUCAGGAUUUUACAAGGUAAAUAAUUUUUAAUACUGUGGUCAAAUAAAAGCCCAAUAUAUAUCAGUG